AUGGCUAAUGGUUCACCAGUGAUUACAGACUUUCGCAUUGGUACUGUCAAUGUUCAUUCAUUUAGACAUCCUGAGACAUCCAAGAGUAAUGCAAAAGAACUGGCAUCGAUUCUUGGUCCACUCAACCUUGACGUUCUCGCUGUGGAAGAAGCUAUGAACGAUUACGAUUGGAAACUUCUGUGUAAUGAUCUAUCGUUAACUCAUUCUGUAUUUGGAGCGAGUCAUGGAGUAUCGUACGGCAAUGCCAUCGCAUCCCGUCAUCCAAUCGUUGAGCAUUUUAAUCAAAAAUCAAAAAUAGAUGCUGAUGGUGGCUGUCGAGCAAUGCUUCGAUGUCGUUUCGGUGGUUAUCAUCCAUUUGUUCAAAAUCGAAGAUUUGCAGUUACACAUCUAGAUCAUUUAAAUGAGGAUGAUCGAUUGACACAAAUCAAAGAAUUUUCUCCGCAUAAUCACGAUAUAAAUGUACUCAUCGGUGAUAUGAAUGCAUUGACACAAAACGACUAUUCAGAUAAAUAUUUCGGUGAAAUCGUGGCUGGAAAACGUGAAAAAGCGGGAUGGGAAAUACCCCGAUUCGAACUCACUCAACUAUUAACCAAUACUUGGAGUUUUCAGGAUGCCUUUCGAGAUGUAAAUCCGAAAUUAAAAGAUGAACAAGUAGCAACAUGUCCAUAUGGAACUCGUAUCGAUUAUAUCUUUCUUCAUCCAUUAUCUAAAGAUGAAUGGUUAUUAAAAGAAUGCUUCAUUGUAGAUACUUAUCAAGCAACAGAUCACCAUGCUGUUGUAGCUACUUUCGAAUAUAAAUCGAAAUCCGAAAAUAAUAUUGAAAAUGACACAUAA